UUGAUACAUCUUACGAGUAUCAGAGCUCCUUCUAAUGCAGAUGUAAAUAAAUCAUGGACGUGAUGCAAUUUUAUUGUAGUUUGUGUCAAUAGUGCACUGUGAUGUGAUUAGAGUUCUUCGUGCAUAGUCUUCUGCUUUUUUUUAGAAAUGUCAUUCUUCGACUUUUUUCGAAAUUUUCUCGGUACAAAACAUCGCAACGAGCCUGGCACAAGCGGGCUUGGCAAUGAUGAUUCGUACAGAGACAGUUUUCGAAAUCCAAUUUGGCAAAGUGACGAGGAUGAUGACGACAUAGAUGACUUUCGACAUCCUAGAAGCGGCAUGCAUUUCAAGAUCUUUAGCGGGCCGCUUGAAAUGACACGUUAUUUUGAAUCUCAGAUGGAUAAUAUGUUAAAAAAUUUCUUUUUUGGAUUCAAUAAUGAAUUUUUUGGAGAUGAAGCUAAUAAAGCAUUACCAUUUGUUACACCUGAAAAGGAUGAUAAUUUACGUGACGAAAUGCUGAAAUCUUAUCCUGAUGCAUUUAUCACAGAUGUACCACCCGAACAAAAAAUAGAUACAGAUAUAGAUGGAAAGAUUACUACAGAAGAAUUCUCAAGAAUGUGGAAUAAAGGAAAUGUAGAAAUAGUAAAGCCUUUUGUACCACAUAGCUUUUCAACUGGAAGGUCUGUUAGAAAAGAGAUUAUUCGUAGAUCUGAUGGAACUAUAGAACAAAAGCAAAUAAUUAGAGACAGUGAAGGUAAUGAAGAAAUAAUAGAAUCAAAGGAAAUAGGUGAUAAAAAAUAUGUCAUCACUACAAAAAAGGAUAAAAAUGGUGUUGAAACAAAAUCUGAGGAUUUGUUUAAUAUUGAUGAAAGCGAACUUAAAGACUUCGCGCAAAGAUGGACGCCUUCCAUUAAAGAUAAUAUAGAUAGCGAUAAUACAACUUUAAAUCGCUUUCCAUGGGAAAAGUUUUUCGGACCCAACCCCAAAUUAUAGUACAGUAAAGUAAAUAGAAAGUAAUAGUUUCCUUUUCCUAAUAGUUAAAACACUACAUGCCUCCUUUGUAAAAAAUCUAUAUUAAAUAUCCAAUAAAUUAUUUGAAACAAAGGU